GGCAGGUCUCGGCAGGCCCCGCCUUCUGUCCCCAGAGCAGGUGUCGCCUACUUCGCAGUCCGACAUUCCAGUCCCUUCCCUUUCACUCCAGCCCGGGUCCCGCUGGCCCUUUGAUCCCUAGCCCCGGGUCACCGGCCCCUCCCUUCAGGGAGGUUAGGGGGGAGAGAUGGGGCCCCAGAGCAGGGACGAGGGGGAUGGGCUCGGAGCAGGUAGCGAGAACUGGGCCUUCCUGGGUAGCUGACCCGCCUCGCUCCAGCACUCCCUGCGGCUUGGUAGAAAACUGCCCAGAAAAGGGGUCCCCAGUUUCUCGCGGGCUGGGGGGCCGUCGGAUGGCGGGGCAGGGGCGGGGCCAGGCCCUGGGGGUCUCCCCGCCCCUUCGAGCUCAGCCAAGCGGAGGUGAAACCUGAACCCAGGUUGGGGGCGGGGCUGGCCCGCGCCUCUCCCCUCUUCCCGCACCCCGGCCGGCAGCUGGAAGAGCAGGGUCGGGCCCGGAGCCGCGGGAGCAGAGCCCGCGAUGGAGCCGGCAGCCCGGGGUCGCGCCCCGCCCUGAGCGCCCCGCGUCAGGCCAUGCUGCCCCGAGGGCGCCCCCGGGCGCUGGGGGCCGCCGCCCUGCUGCUGCUGCUGCUGCUCCUGCUGAUCGGGUUCUUUCUCUUGGGCUGGGACCCGGAGUGUGAGCGCCUCGAACCAGACGGGAGAGCUGGGGACCUAGGGUGCUCCCGCUGCCCGCUCACGCCACGUGUCCCCUCAGACGGGAGGCUGCGUGGAGCUUCUGCCCUCCAUGGAGACCCGCUGGCCGGCCAUGGGGUCCACAACCACUCGGCCUGCAACCCGCAGCCGCCGCUGCCGCCCAAGUGCGAGCUCCUGCACGUGGCCAUCGUGUGUGCCGGAUAUAACUCCAGCCGAGAGGUCAUCACCCUGGUGAAGUCCAUGCUCUUCUACAGGAGAAAUCCGCUGCACCUCCACUUGGUGACUGACACCGUGGCCAGAAACAUCCUGGAGACACUCUUCCGCACGUGGAUGGUGCCUGCUCUCGGGGUCAGCUUCUACGAUGCCGAGCAGCUCAAGCCACAGAUCUCCUGGAUCCCCAACAAGCACUACUCCGGCCUCUACGGGCUGAUGAAGCUAGUGCUGCCCGGUGUCCUGCCCCCUGGCCUGACCCGAGUCAUUGUCCUGGACACGGACGUCACCUUCGCCUCUGACAUCGCAGAGCUCUGGGCACUCUUCGCUCAUUUUUCUGACAAGCAGGUGAUCGGGCUCGUGGAGAACCAGAGUGACUGGUACCUGGGCAACCUCUGGAAGAACCACAGGCCCUGGCCUGCCUUGGGCCGGGGAUUUAACACAGGUGUGAUCCUGCUGCUGCUAGACCAGCUUCGGCAAGUGGGCUGGGAGCAGAUGUGGAAGCUGACAGCCAGGCGGGAGCUCCUUACCCUGACUGCUACCUCCCUGGCUGACCAGGAUAUCUUCAAUGCUGUCAUCAAGGAGCGCCCAGAGCUGCUGCAGCCCCUCCCCUGUGUCUGGAACCUGCAGCUGUCUGACCACACGCUGGCAGAGCGCUGCUACUCCGAGGCGGCUGACCUCAAGGUGAUCCACUGGAACUCACCAAAGAAGGUGAGGGUGAAGAACAAGCAUGCGGAAUUCUUCCGAAAUUUCUACCUGACCUUCUUGGGGUACGAUGGGAACCUGCUGCGGAGAGAGCUCUUUGGGUGCCCCAGCCAGCCCCCGCCCGAGGCUGAGCAGCUGCAGCGGGCCCUGGCACAGCUGGAUGAGGAAGAUGCCUGCUUUGAGUUCCGGCAGCAGCGCCUCACUGUGCACCGAGUGCACAUCACCUUCCUGCCCCAUAAACCGCCACCUCCCCGGCCACAUGACGUCACCCUGGUGGCCCAGCUCUCCAUGGACCGGCUGCAGAUGCUGGAGGCCCUGUGCAGGCACUGGCCGGGGCCCAUGAGCCUGGCCUUGUACCUGACAGAUGCAGAGGCCCAGCAGUUCCUGCAUUUCGUCGAGGCCUCGCCGGUGCUCUCUGCCCGGCAGGAUGUGGCUUACCAUGUGGUGUACCGUGAGGGUCCUCUCUACCCUGUCAACCAGCUCCGCAAUGUGGCCUUAGCCCAGGCCCUCACACCGUACGUCUUCCUCAGUGACAUUGACUUCCUGCCUGCUUACUCUCUCUACGACUACCUCAGGGCCUCCAUUGAGCAGCUGGAGCUGGGUGGCCGGCGGAAGGCCGCUCUGGUGGUACCUGCGUUUGAGACCCUGCGCUACCGCUUCAGCUUCCCGAGUUCCAAGGCGGAGCUGCUGGCCUUGCUGGACGCGGGCUCACUCUACACCUUCAGGUACCACGAGUGGCCCCAGGGGCAUGCGCCCACGGACUAUGCCCGCUGGCGGGAGGCUCAGGCGCCAUACCGGGUGCAAUGGGCAGCUGACUAUGAGCCCUACGUGGUGGUGCCACGUGACUGUCCCCGCUAUGAUCCUCGCUUUGUGGGCUUUGGCUGGAACAAGGUGGCCCACAUCGUGGAGCUGGACGCACAGGAGUUUGAGCUCCUCGUGCUGCCUGAGGCCUUCACCAUCCACCUGCCCCACGCUCCGAGCCUCGACAUCUCCCGCUUCCGCUCCAGCUCCGCCUACCGUGACUGCCUCCAGGCCCUCAAGGAGGAGUUCCAUCAGGACUUGUCACGUCGCUAUGGGGCUGCUGCCCUCAAAUACCUCACUGCCCUGCAGCAGCCGCGCAGCCCAGCCUGAGCCGCCCGGGGCUCACCCGCCCUUGCCUUAGCCCUCACACACUCCCCGCGGACACUGGGCCCUCGCUGCGCCGCCCUCCCACCAUCACUGCUAUUUAAAUUAUUUAAGGUCUCUGUGGAGUGGCGAGGGUGGAACAGCGUGGGCCAGCCUGGGUGCCUCCCCUGCUGCUAUUCCAGCUGGUGUCCAGCCUGCCUUUGCCCCAGCUGGUUUGGGGCUGGUUCCCCCAUACUCAGUUUUACAUCCCUUUUUCAUAAUUAAAGUUUGAAAAAGUUA